AUGGUCGUGACUCGGGAAGAAGGCGAAGGACAGGAUAAACCAAUGGUCCGUAACUUUAUCAGUGGUGUAAAUGAUGAGGAUCCUGAGAUGGAAAGGAUGUUGAAGAUUAUAGAAGAAGCCAAUGACUUUGAUUGGGAGAUACCUCAGGAAAUUCCCGAGAAAGAUGAACUUUUAUUAUCCACGACUGCCAGUUAUGGGUUUAAUGGGUGUUACUCUGGAUGUUUUGUGCACUUGCAAGAAACUUGCAAUGAAAUAAUAGAUGUUUCAGAUCCGGAAAGGUCUACGUUCGAAUCUCGUCGUCAGGAUCGAUGUAAGGCUGAGAAUGAUAAAUUUAAUCCUGAUCACUAUAUUGCCGACUUCAUGGGCGCUCAAGACAUAAGACACAUAUUAAAAUACAAAACCAAAUGGACCAAGGAACUUAGGCGAGUGCAACAGAACGAUGCAAGUGAUGUAAAUAUCACAAAAACAAUUGGCAAUGCGUUUAUGGAUCUAAGAAAUGGUGAAGGGCAGAUCGAACCGACAGAGACUGGUGAUGUGAAAUCAGAUACAAAAGAUCACGAAAACGCCAAUGAUGGCACCUUGAAAUUUACUGAAAAGGAAAAGUCGAUGAUGUUAAAUUUACCGAACAAACUUUGUGAGCAAUUUUUGAAGGUGUACGAAGGUGAAAUUAACGUGGAAUCGGCUUGGACAAUGGGAAAGAUUAGCCCCACAAUAUCUUGCCUCGAGAAAUUCGCCACACUCAAAGAAACAAUUAUCUCGUUAUUUAGACGAUCACUGGCGUACCCUUGUUACCGGAAUUUCGAAUUAUCUGAAAGAUGCCUCGAAGAUGUAUACGUUCUCAUGAAAUUGGGGAGGAGGGCGAUACUGAAGGUGUUACUAGAAAUGAAGGAUGUUUUUGAUCAUGACGACGUAUACUAUAUCUAUUCAAAAAUAUGGAUAGACGACUAUUGUAUAUGGUGUCAAACCAAAGCUAGCGAUAAGGUGAUUAGAUCAUUGGCACAUCAACUUCAUCACUAUAAGGUUUUUAAAUCAGACAUCGGGUGGCAUUUAGAAGAAUACGAGCAAGUGGCGUUAGAAGAUCAAGAAAUGGGAUAA